AUGGUAUUCCAGGCCAUUGCCAUCCGGGCUACCGUCCUUACCCACAUAACCAAAAAGACCAAGGAAGGCAGAGAAAGGCAAACAAAAAAGCGCCCGAACCAGAGUCGAGAACAGAGUACUGCUUUGCCUAUCCCGACCGACCCCGACCCACGAAUUCAUCGUGGCCCAGACGAACAGAAGAAUUCGAAGCAGAUGAAUACAUAUGCGACAAUACAGAAUUGCGCUUCUACCACGCCAAUAGGAUUGCCUAUCCAUCAGAUAACCAGCCCUCUUUUAGCCUAG